GAAACACCCACAAGGAGCCCGUUGGUUUUUGCCGCAAUGGUCGUUAACCUCUGAAUGACCCCAUAUGGAGCCCACGCCUCAGAAAGCGCCGCAGACAGGCAGUGCAACAGUUGAGCCAGAGGAUGGCGCGCCACGACAAUUCAAAACAGCCAAACCCUGGAUCAGAGUUUGCCCUAGCCACGAGCUCACGGAGGCGCGCACCCUUCACAUCCCACCCAGUAUUUCCUGCGUGCACGAGUUUACCUCUGGAGGUCACCAAGCAGGAUUUACGACUGGUCAACAAAAGCACGUGAUUCUCCGCCGUACCCCAUAUUUGGGUGCCUACGUAAGAGAGAAUCAAGUCCAUGUCCCACUCAUUUCCAUAAUUCAUCAUAAAUUGUGCAAGGGUGCUAUAGGACGCGCUAAACCAUAAGAGCCACAAAUCAAGCACACGGGUUUAUGCUGUUUUACCUCCAAAACCAAUUAUAAAAUAUAACAACAACACUUACAACGAGCCAACGCUGGAAUUGUCAACCAAUGAGCUCCUAUUUUGUGAACUCAUUCUGCGGUCGCUACCCCAAUGGCGCGGACUUCCAGUUACAUAAUUAUGGAGACCACAGUACGGCAAACGAGCAAUACAGAGACUCAGCCGCCAUGCAUUCCAGCAGGUACGGCUAUGGCUACAACGGGAUGGACCUAACAGUCGGGAGGGCUGGUACCGGACACUUUGUGGGCAGUGAGCGGACACCGGGCUACUCCCCGAGUCACUCAGCGGCGACAACACCCUCGGUGGAACCAGUCAGGUACACCCAGUCCGCCAGCAGCACCGGGACCUCGUCUCUGUCGCCUCCACCUGACCCUCUACCAUGCUCCUCGGUCGCCAACUCCUCCCCAGUCUCCGAGUCUCAGUCUCAACACAGAGCCGUGAAAAACUCCAUAACGACCCCGAGCUCGAAUGGAGGCACAUUGCUGCUCAGCCGGGACUGUGUGUCCAAAGCUUCGCCCCUUGAGGAAGAGAAGGCUGCGGGAAGCGCACCAUCAACUCCUCAAAAUGUCACCGACUCAACACAGCCUCAGAUAUAUCCGUGGAUGAGAAAACUCCACAUAAGUCAUGAUUUGUCAGGACCAGAGGGGAAGAGAGCCAGGACCGCAUACACCCGGUACCAGACUCUUGAGUUGGAGAAGGAGUUCCACUUCAACCGGUACCUGACCCGCAGGCGAAGGAUCGAGAUAGCUCAUGCCCUGUGCCUGUCAGAGAGACAGAUCAAAAUCUGGUUCCAGAACCGCAGGAUGAAGUGGAAGAAGGACAACAAGCUGAAGAGCAUGAGCAUGGCGGCUGCAGGCGGGGGAGGCUACAGGCCUUGAUAUUCACUCCUCCACUCCCGAUAACGAGCACUAUGAAAAAUUAACACACAUAUUGUCAUAUCUCCUCCUCCCAUUUCAAAAAGCGCAGAGACUUGUUAACGGGCGGUGUGCGGGGACAGGGGACACCCCAUUAUAGGCCACUGUGUCCUCCAACAGUCCCAUUAUAUUCCUGAACACCAUUUCCUUUUUAUUUCUACCGUGGUGAUGUUUAUGUGAGUAAAAAAAAAAUGUAUUAUGUACAGUUCUGUCUAGAUUUAGAGGACAAAGAAGCUAAAUAAAUGUUUGUUUAAAUUAUUUCUUGUUAAGACUCAAAACAAUUUAAAUAAAUAAAUAGGUAAAUAAAAACGUUAAAGCUUGAAAUGCUCCCAACCUACCGCAAAUAAUUCCAGUAAAAGUUGUGAUGCACUCAGAACAAUAACAGCCUAACAGGCUAAAUAAAGGGUUGAACUUCCUUUGUGGUUAGCCUUGGUUUUCUAUGUAUGUACUGUAUAUGUAUGUAUUUAUAUGUUCCAUGUAUUGUACCAACUGGUCAGAUAACUAGAGCCAGCAGAGUUUGUAAACCUUGUGUGGUUAUUGUGUGCGUUGUGAACACAUGUAUGGACAGAGGUGGCCACUCAAGUCUUGUAUGUGCAGUAGCUGCGCUUUGUAUUUUUGGUUUUACAGGAGCUGCUGUUUGCGUUCUUUGGUGCCAACGUGGUUUGUCUUUGUUUUCUAGCUGUAUGUGGAGGGCCCCACAGUAAACUGCAUUGCCUAUGUGUAUAAUUCCAUCGUGAUGAUCUUUUUCUAAAUGUUUUCAAAGACUGGAAGUCAAGAAUAUACUAUCAUAAUAAUGAUGAUGUCGAGGAUGGCUAUUAUAAUAAACUUUCUACUGGAACGGUAACAUUGCAGUGAAUGUACGUCUUUGUAAAAUAUUUCAGACGAAUU